AUGUAUGCCUCAUUAUUUCGUUUUCUUGUUCGUCUAUCUCUAGUUGCCAAUCGUGGCGUCCUAGGCAUCGUGAUCGGCGUCUGCUUCGGAGUGCUUAUCGUCUCCAUCCUCAUUCUCGUCUUAUUUUCCUUCAUCCGCAUCAAUCAGAAGCGUAAACGUGAGGCUGCGCUUGCUCUGGCUGGCAUUGGCGUCAAUGAUAAUGGUUCUGCUGUGGCUAAAGCAAAAGCG